AUGAUCAAAGUGAAUUUGUUUUAUUUUUUGUGCAAAUCACAUUUAAAUCAGCUCUCACAUUUUUUGGCUCUUCUAAAAAGAACUCAAAAAAAAUAAACUAGCCAAGAUUGCUUUGUUCGUUUGCAUAGCUGAUAAAGUUCUGAGAGCAAAGCAAUAUGCGGAACCCUAAUUUUAAGCCAUUUAGCAAUUAGUAAAGAAUGGAUUCAGCGGUUCAAUCUACUUCACUUAAAACAAAGGCAUGACGCAAUUAGAAUAUUAUGAAAAUCUAAAUGAUGCCUUAUUAAAUUAUAUUUAUGCAUAUUAUAGUAAUGAGAAUAAGAGUUAGGAUAUACAUUCAUUAAACUUAAAUAAAAUACUCUGA